GUCUUAGGGCAUUGUGUGGUUCAGUUGACAUACGACUUCAGAGCAACGAACACACAGACAACAUGAUUUGGAAAAUUGUUUUUGUCACCUUCAUGGCCGCUGGUGUGCUGGCCGAGUACCAGUUGUCGGAGGGUCAGCGGCAGCAAUACAGGGACAUGCUCCGGCAGCAAUGCAAGAAGAGCGGCAGCGAAGACAAAACUGACGACGUAGAGAAAUCACUGAAGACUUUUGUGGAAUGUGUGAUGGGCUUAGUGGACGUAAACGUGCUGAAACGCGAGAUUGAAGAGGCCAAGCCCAACGGUGCUCUCGAUGAAGUCUUCAAGAAGUACUGCGCGAAGACGCCUCAGCUAAAGAGCUGUAUCCACAGCCUGACCGCGGGCGUUGCGCCUUGUCUUGACCAGAAAAGCAGAGACGGCAUCGGAUCUGCCAACAACGCCACCGACCAGCUCAUUGACUUCGUCUGCUACAAGGACGGUGACCGUAUCGCUUUGUUCAUCGCGGAACAAGGUCCGGAGUGUUUCCAACAGAAGGCUGGUGCUAUCAGGCAGUGCGCUGAGAAGGCCAAGGGCAGUGUGGCGUCUAUCGAGGCAGUUCAAAUUCUGAGUCUUGGUGACCAGUGUGGUAAAUACGAUGAAUUGACAAGCUGUAUAGUGAAAGCGCUGGAGCAAUGCGAGACCCCGACGCCCGCCAACAUGGCAGAGUCCUUAUUCAGAUACGUGCGUAACGGAACACCCUGUAAGGGCCACUGAAGUCCAGAAGUCUGAAACGCUGUUAGUAAAACCAUUUAUCUCAAUAAAGGCUUUAGUGUA